AUGGGAGCUUAUGGAAAUAUGCCUGCAGAACCUGAAAAAUCAUAUGGACCUGUAUUUUAUGAAAUGGUUGCGAACGCCUGCAAUACAAACAAUGAUAUGAUAGGAUUUAAUGAAGAUGUUAUGAGGUCAUUGGUGGAUGAUGGUAGUGUGGAACAUAAAUGGGAUAGCUAUGACAACACACAUUUCUUAUGUGGUUUUCCAACAGAAGUGGACUUUUGCUUCCAGCAAGGUCAAACAUCUACUGAUCCAAUAACAUACAAAUUGUCUGUUAAAGGACCUAUUGAACUAGCAACUGAAAAUGUACCAAAGCCACUUAUUGGAUUUAUGAGGGAUUGUUGCUUUGCCAUUCAGGUGCGUGCUAAUGGAAUCCCAAUAAUAAGAUUAGAUGACUAUAACUUAGCUACGGACGACGGUGAGGAAUAA